AUAUAAAAUAAAAGUUGUCGGAUACUAUUCAACUGCAAAGACAAAGAAGAAAGCGUCGCAAACUGUCGCAAUUGACUCGGAGAAGAAGAAAAUUGGUUUUCGGUGAGAAAAAACAUGGCGGCACGUUUGGGUUGUGAACACUAUGCGCGGAACUGUUUAUUAAAAGCACCAUGCUGUGGUAAACUGUAUGUGUGUCGGCUAUGUCAUGAUGCAGAGGAGAACCACCAAAUGGAUCGCUUCAAAGUAGAAUGGGUACAAUGCUGUAAGUGUGAAACAUUACAACAGGCACAACAGGCAUGUCAGCAGUGUCAUGUGCAGUUUGGGGAGUAUUACUGUGAUAUUUGCCACUUGUUUGACAAGGAUAAGAAACAAUACCACUGCCAUCCUUGCGGCAUCUGUAGGAUUGGUCCGAGAGAGAAGUAUUUUCAUUGUGAUAAGUGCAAUCUGUGUUUAGCGCAUGACCUGCAGGGGAACCACAAGUGUGUUGAGAAUGUUUCCAGGCAGAACUGCCCAGUGUGUAUGGAGGAUAUCCACACAUCUCGAAUUGGAGCGCAUGUUCUUCCCUGUGGUCAUCUUCUCCAUAAAAGCUGUUUUGAUGACAUGGUCAGAACUAGUGCUUACCGCUGCCCACUUUGCAUGCACUCUGUUUGGAACAUGGCCGAAUACUGGGAUCAGAUUGACAAAGAGAUUGCCAUGUCACCAAUGCCAACAGAAUACCAAGGCACCACUGUCAAAAUCAUGUGUAAUGACUGUCAAGCCCACUGUACGGUGCCUUUCCAUGUCCUGGGGAUGAAGUGCACUGGUUGUGGCUCAUAUAAUACCGCACAGGACGGAGGUCUCAUCCAGCAGCCUCUGCAGCAGCAUCCUGAGGCAGAUCAUAACAAUGAGCCAGAGACAGAUGCUGAGCAGCAGCAAAAUGAUCAAUCUGAGUGAACUAUGCCAUAUUAGAACGUAUUAAUAGACUUUUCUUUUUUACAUUUACUUCAAAUUAAAAGAUGCAGUUGACCUUUCACUAAAUCUUUGCGCCCCCCCCCCCCCCCCCUUAGUUAUGGUUGCUACGCCGACAAGAUGCAUCACUCCAACGACAUGAGCCAUUGCAGGCAGACGUAUGCCAAAGUGCCAGAGCAUUACCAGUGCAAAAUCUUCCAGAUGGAGGCAGAAGGGUUCACAAUAUGCAGCGGAGGGUUGUAUUGACAAUAUUUUUUUAAUUGUAUCAAGCUAUCAAGGCAAAAGCAUACAGUUUCAACACUUACAGCAAAGUUAAGGAUUGGAAUACAAAAGUUUCCUUUCACAAAAUGUUACAUGAAAAUAAAGUGCUUAUUAGGACGCUAUUUAAAAACAAAGCAUCUCUUUACCAAAGACAUGAAGUUAACUGACUUUAGCAGAUAACACAACUAUACUUACAGCAUUACAGCGAUGACAUCCGGGUAAGAUAUAAUAUUCACUAACAGCUACUGCAGUUACUGAAACGUACCUUUUUACGGUUUCUAUGGUUUGACUGCAUCUCUUCGGCGUCGGAAGUCAUCUCCACAACAACACAGAUGGCGAACGGGGGAGCCGAAAAUAUGUUCCAAUCUGCAGUAAAUUGUUUUAAAUGACCAAAACACAUCAAGUCACUAAAACCAACAGUCUCUCACGCUAGCCAUGUUGAAUAAACUUCUCCAUUCUCCUCAUAUGUUUAUUUCCUCGCGCUAGAGUUUGUCGCUUUUCCAACGUCAUCUCUGCCCGCCGCUGUCUGUUUGCUGUGGCUUGCCCCGCCCUGGAAAUUUGAUCCGUGGAACGGUUGCCAGACUCGAUCGCUGGAACAGCGGUGGGUCUGGAGUACCAGGCAACCUCAAUAGUGCUCUCUGCUGCCAUACUACCGAUAUGUUGAGGUCAAUUCAGUGGUCAUUUGGUGUAACUGCAAGUAAAUAUCCUCAAUCCAAGAUAGCCGACAACCUGCCACCCAUGUUGACUACAACUGGCAUAUCAAUACUUCUAUGCCCAAAGAGCUACAGUUGUGAAAAAAUAUAUACAGUAACUAGGGAAAGAUGUUUGGACCAUUAAAUGUGUAUAAUAUAGAAAUAUCUGAUUAAUCUUAACACGUCACGUUACAUAAUUGUUUGAUUUGGGUAGUUAUACUAAAUUUUUGCAGAUUAGCUGUAGUUUACAAAAUAAAAUGCACACAGCAAUGCAAACUUCAAAAGCAACAAAGAAUAGUUUAUGGAAUAGCCCAGGAAAUUCCAUUCAACUUCAGUGAUUGACUGUAGUGACAACAGUGAUGAGUGGCUGCCAGACAACAGACAUCGGUGCUUUGGUGUAGGAGUCACAAAGAGGUUUCAUUGGUUUUGUUAUUCAGGCCUAUGCAUUGUGCGUGAAGUGUCAUUUCCCAAAAAUUGAAAUGUUUAUCAAAACAUGAUUUAUGUUGAGUGUGCAGGUGUAUGGAGACAACUGGAGUGAACAUGUCUACAUUAAAUAUUUU